CUUCAGGCUCUGCGACGCGGUUUCACACGCAGAUCGAGGCUCGGCAUAAUAACGCACCACCGGCCACCGUGAGGACGACCAGACGACAUGAUCCGGGCAACGGCGGUUUUUGUCGCCCUCGCCGGCGUUCUGCUCGCCUUAAACGCCGCGUCCGUCGAUAACGAAGCUACGAAGGCCGUAGAAGAAGCGGUGGCCAGCGACCAGUUCACCAUAGUGAUCCGUGAUGAAGGGCCGCCGGGAGGAAAAAAACGCCGGAAACCAGAAACCGUGGCCACCAUUGAUUUUCCUGGAUACUAUCAGUUCACGUUGAAAAUCGACAGGAACGAAGGACAAGUGAUUGUUUCUACUAAGAGUAACGGCGACAUACAAACCGAAUAUUUCAAUGUGAAAACGUUGACCAGCUUGUCAUCUGUAAAGACUCUCGUGCUAACCGUAGACCAGAGGAAACCUGGAGCCACCAUGACGUUAUAUGUUAACUGCGAACAUUUCGGCACACUCCACACGAUCAAAACCUUGAGAGAAGUGUAUUUCGAUAUGAAAGAUCCUCAUUUGCAAAUGACCCACGACAAACGAUUUACAAUACAAGUCUUUCCGGACACCGAUUGGAAAACUGCCCUGUCAGCUCAAAAGUGUCCGGUCGAUGAUAAAAGUAGUUCGGAAACGGAACAGAUGGCCGCUAUGCAAGCACAACCAGCCAACGAAACCCCAGGUGGCAUUAGACUAACUCCUAGUGGUAGAGGUGACAUUCCAUUCAAUCACGAUUGUGAUGAUUUAUUCUUUGUGAAAACCAUUAACGACCUGAUCCAAGUGGUGAAAAAACUUAAAGAAGAAGUCGAAGCUCAACGUCUCGAAAUUUACAAACUUCGUCAGCUGCUAGAACAAUGCGAUGAAUUCUGCAGGCCAGGUUCAAGGCCACCAAUUGUUCUUCCACCAAGACCCAGUUGUAAUAGCAACCCAUCGCCUUGCUAUCCCGGAUCGGAGUGUAGAGACUCACCAGAUGGUCCAAGGUGUGGACGGUGUCCUCAAGGACUAGUAGGCGACGGUAAGACUUGCAAGCCUGGAAGAACAUGUUCGGUUAAACCUUGCGCUCCUGGCGUUAAGUGUUACGAUACGGUAGAAGGAUUCCAAUGUGGUCCUUGUCCAGAUGGUUCUGUUGGUGAUGGCAAAACAUGUCGUCCUCGUGGAUGUGAUGCGAACCCAUGCUCUCAAGGGGUGGUUUGCUCACCUUGCGAAGAACCUCCAUACUAUAAAUGCGGAAGUUGUCCAGUUGGCUUUACCGGAAACGGAACGAAUUGUGUGGAUUACGACGAAUGUGACCUUGAUGAGCCAUGCGACCCUCGAGUACAAUGCCUCAACCUAAGACCCGGUUACCGGUGCGGUCAAUGUCCGCCGGGCUAUACCAGCGUGGGUCCAACUCAAGGUAUUGGAAGCGAAGGUACUAAAAGAACAGACGUUGGUCGUCAUCAGUGCGUGGAUAUUGACGAAUGUGCCGACGGCAAUAACGGCGGAUGUGCCAUGCACUCCCAGUGUAUCAAUACCGAAGGGUCGUAUCGCUGUGGUGGUUGUCAAUCCGGCUUCGUUGGCAAUCAAUCGUUGGGCUGUUUGUCCGUGGGAAACUAUGUAAAAACUCCGUGGGUAUGUCCAGACGGUACGCUAUGUGACCGAAACGGCCAAUGCGUCAGAUCAACCCGAGGAAAAUAUUCGUGCGAGUGCAUAGUCGGUUGGGCAGGAAACGGAAAGGUAUGUGGACAGGACACGGAUUUAGACGGAUGGCCGGACUCGCACCUCGGAUGCAGCGAUACGCGCUGUAAAAAGGAUAAUUGCGUGAAUAUACCCAAUUCGGGACAAGAGGACGCCGACCACGACGAUAUUGGAGACGCUUGUGACCCAGACGCCGACAACGACGGUAUUCCAAACACUCCGGAUAAUUGUCCGUUGGUGUCCAAUCCGGACCAGCUAGAUUCCGACCAAGAUGGAGCGGACAAGAAAGGCGAUGCUUGCGACAACUGUCCAACGAUACCCAAUUUGGAUCAGCAUGACACGGACGGAGAUGGUAUAGGAGACGCCUGUGACGCAGACAUAGACAACGAUGGAGUGUUGAAUCUGGCGGACAACUGUCCGAAAAAAGUGAACCCUGAUCAAAGGGACACGGAUGGCGACGGCUUGGGCGACGUUUGCGACAACUGUCCGACCAUGGCCAACCCGUCCCAAACGGACACGGACAAGGAUCUAAUAGGAGACGCUUGUGACAGCGAUAUCGACAGAGACAAAGACGGAAUCCAAGACAGCGUCGACAACUGCCCUAAAGUGGCCAACUCGAAUCAAUUGGACACGGACGGAGACGGCAAAGGCGACGAGUGCGAUCCAGACUGCGACAACGACGGCAUAUCCAAUUCGGCGGACAACUGUUUUCUAGUGUACAAUCCGGACCAGCGAGAUUUGGACGGCAACGGUAUCGGAGACGUAUGCCAAGACGAUUUCGAUCUGGAUACCGUACCCAACCAUCUGGACAACUGCCCGAACAACUCAAAGAUAUUUACCACAGACUUCAGAACGUACCAGACUGUUGUGUUGGACCCCGAAGGCGAUUCUCAGAUCGAUCCUAACUGGGUGGUGUACAACAAAGGAGCCGAAUUCGUACAGACCAUGAACAGCGACCCCGGUCUGGCUGUAGGGUACGACUCCUUUGGAGGUGUUGACUUCGAGGGUACAUUCUUCGUAGACACAGACAUUGACGAUGACUAUGUGGGUUUCGUGUUCAGCUACCAAGACAAUCACAAAUUUUAUACAGUCAUGUGGAAAAAGGGCACGCAGACGUACUGGCAGGCAACGCCGUUCAGAGCUGUAGCUGAACCCGGUAUCCAGAUCAAAGCAGUACACUCGGAGACGGGACCUGGACAGAUGUUGCGCAACUCCUUAUGGAACACCGAUAGCACAGAUAAACAAGUAAAACUCUUAUGGAAAGACCCGCGUAACAUCGGAUGGAAAGGCAAAACUGCUUACAGGUGGAUUUUAUUGCACAGACCUAAAAUUGGUCUUAUCAGACUAAGAAUUUUUGAAGGACAAAACAUGGUCACUGAUUCAGGAAAUGUAUUCGACUACACUUUCAAAGGAGGUCGACUGGGUGUGUUCUGCUUCUCACAAGAAAUGAUCAUAUGGUCUGACUUGGUCUACCGUUGUAAUGAUAAUAUACCUGAAACCAUUUACCGAGAACUGCCACCAAAGUUGCAACAAGAAGUACAAUUAGACACCAGAAAAGUAUCCAACUAACCUUAUGUGUACUAAUAAAAAAUUGUUAUAGUAUUAUGAUAAGCCUAAUAUAAUUAAAUUAAGUACGCAUUUUAAUAAAAUAUUUUUUAGAUUUAUUUUUAAAAAUAUACAGAUAUUCAAGUAAGCUUAAGAUGAUUUUAUGAUGCUACUUAUAAUAAAGCUGACUUUGUGUUCAA